AUGGUGGAGUCUGCUGCACUUCUCUGCAAAGGCUGCACCUCCUGGCAUGGGCUCCUGCUCACAGCUUCACUUUUAACCUACUGGCUGCCUCCUACUACUGCCAAGAUCACCAUUGAAACAGAACCUCCCAUUGCUUUGGAAGGGCAAAAUGUUCUUCUUUCUGUGUAUGGUCUACCAGAGAGUGUGCAAGCCCUUUCCUGGUUCACAGGAGUUAUGGUGUUCAAGGGCUGUGAAAUUGCAAGAUACGUGAUUGCUAACAAUUCUUAUGUGCUAGGGAUUGCACAUAGUGGUAGAGAGACAGUACUCAACAAUGGAUCUCUGCUGAUCAAGAAUGUCACUAGGAAGGAUUCAGGAUACUACACCCUCCAAACAUUUAAAGAAAAUUCAAGUUUGGAAAUAACACGUGCUGAAUUCUUUGUACACAGACCAUUUUUAGGCUACAAGAAGCGUAUUACCCAUGCUCAACUCACAAUUGAGUUGGUGCCAUCCGUGGUUGAUGAAGGGGACCAUGUUUUUCUACUGGUUGAUAAUCUGCCACAGAAGCUUCAAGGCUUUACCUGGCACAAAGGAGUACUUCCACUCGACCAUUCAAAGAUAGGAAGCCAUGCUGUCCUCACUAAAUCAAGCAUGCUGGGGAGUAAGUAUUACGGCAGAGUGACAAUAUGCACUGAUGGAUCCCUGAUGCUCUGGAAUGUCACCCAGAAAGACACAGGACUCUACACUAUACGAACCAUAUCUGCAGAUUUGAAAUCAGAAUGGGCCAUUAUGCACCUCCAAGUAAACGGUAAAUGA